CACAAAAUCCAACGAACGACCCAGCCUCUCCACACUUUACUUCGAGCGUUGGUUUAGUCGAGAGCUCUUAGGCCAGCAGAGUUGUGAAAUGUUGCGGUAGCUGAGCCGAGCCCACAAAUCCGUCGAGAUGGGUUCAAACGCCCAACAAUUUUGCCUGAAAUGGAACAACCACCAGGCCAACAUGCUGUCGGUCUUCGACCGACUGCUGUCCAACAAGAGCCUGGUGGACGUAACGAUAGGCUGCGAAGGGCGGCAGGUGAAAGCACACAAAGUAGUGCUAUCAGCCUGUAGUCCGUUCUUCGAGAAUUUGUUCACCGAAAACCCUUGCAAACACCCAAUUGUGAUAUUGAAAGAUAUUCGAUACGCCGAUCUCAAAGCUUUAGUCGAAUUCAUGUAUAAGGGUGAGGUGAACGUGGUACAGGAGCAGCUUCCGACGCUGCUCAAGACGGCCGAGGCGUUGAAGAUCAAGGGCCUCGCAGAAGUCACCGGCGAGGGCAAGUCCGAGGACAAACCGCACGCGUCGGUGACGCCACGCCCCGAAUCGCCGGGAUCGCGGCGUAAACGGCAGCGGGUACGACGCAAGAGUACAGAUUCGGCCGGAGGCCAUAGCGACUCCGAAGAGUCUGUUCCGAAGGCCAGCCGUACGGAGCACGACGACUCGUCGAUGGACGGAGCCACCUCCCUCGACGACGGAUCUCAGGCGUCCCUGCAACACUCGCAGACGCCGUCACAGGCUUCUGGCCAAGCGAGAGGAGAGAAGGAAACUUCCAAUGUACAAAGCAAUGCCGCAACUGUAAAUAAUUCAUCUUCAUCCGCCCCGGCUAACAAUGGAAACUCGACCACAAACGGACCUAAUUCUUCUUCGAAGGACGCUGACUUUGAACCCACCCGCCUAUUAGAGGCUUCCAUGACGACCGAUCAUGGGACCGACAACUCGACGGACAUGAACAAUUCGACUGGACCGGACAACCCCCUCAUACCUGACGGACUGGACAUCAAACCGAUCAUCACCCUGGAAGAAGGCGCGACACCAACGGGUGCAAUAGUACCCGCUUCUGCCGCUACCUCGCUGCCAACCGGAACGGACGCUAUCUCUUCACUCUUCCCCCAGGGCACGGGUGCCACAGCCUUGCCUGGUACCUCGUAUCAGGCCAGUCCCCAAAGUCAUGUCGCUUCCGGCAGCGGAAUUCUGAUCCCCACGAGUGAAGCUGCUCCCGUUGUUGACACGGGCAUGGCGGGUGUUUCCAUUCUUGCUCAGCGGCUUCAGGCGCGAACACCUCCUCCAGACGACGCAGCAUCGGGUCCACCUUUACUCUCGUCGGGUAGCGCAGCGUCUGCACUGGCAGGACCGUCAGCGUCUGCUGCUGCUGCUGCGGCGGCGGCAGCUGCUGCUGCUGCCGCCGCCGCCGCUGUCGGUCUUCCAGCAGCAUUAGCUACUGCGCUCGGGGAUAACCUGCCUCCCCUUCCUGCGUUACCGCCGCUUGCGACACUUGGACCUCCACACGGGGGCCCAGUGGUGCCUGGCGGACUGGGGGCUUGUACAGCAGACGCUCGUUGCGUGGGAUGCGGGUUCGAAGCCAGCGACGACAACGCGUUACUUGUGCACUCGUACCAGUGUGGGGUGUUACGACGAACGGUGCGCGGGGGAUGGAGCCAGCAGUCGGAGAUGCGGGCGCUUGGCACUCACAAAUGUCGCUUUUGUGAUUAUCGCGACUAUGCCGAGUACAAUGUGAAGAAACAUGAGCAAAGGAGCCAUUUUGGCCUCCGCUGAUAGUAGUAAUAGUUG